CAUCGCCGCCAUGGUCCGGGGACCUCAGACGCUCCGGGCUGCCCUAAGCGCUGCCUGAGCCGUUCCCGCCUCGGGCUUUGGGGCCAGAAUUGUGCGCGACCUUGAUGAGGCGAGUGCUCCUACAAGCGCUUCUGCACUGCAGGAAGCUCAGACCCAGCAUCCGAGCCUGCACCCGCGCCACUGGGACCCAGCUGAAGGCUAUCUUCUGGUUUGAGAACGUACAGCAGCCAGUCUACGACCUGCUCAUGGGUGACACAAAGGAGCAGCGCAUCCUGCGCCAUGUGAAGCAGCACGCAAAGCCUGGAGACCCCCAGAGCGUCCUGGAGGCCAUCGAUGCCUACUGCUCACAGAAGGAGUGGGCCAUGAAUGUGGGUGCCACGAAAGGCCAAAUUAUGGAUGCAGUGAUUCGGGAGUACAGCCCCUCGCUGGUGCUGGAGCUAGGAGCUUAUUGUGGCUACUCAGCCGUGCGAAUGGCCCGCCUGCUGCCACCUGGAGGCAGGCUUCUCACCAUGGAGAUGAACCCUGACUAUGCUGCCAUCACCCAGCAAAUGCUGGACUUUGCAGGCAUGCAGGACAAGGUCACCAUCCUCCUCGGGGCAUCCCAGGACCUCAUCCCCCAGCUGAAGAAGAAGUACAAUGUGGACACGUUAGAUAUGGUCUUUCUUGACCACUGGAAAGACCGCUACCUACCAGACACACAUCUCCUGCAGGAAUGUGGCCUGUUGCGCAAGGGGACAGUGCUCCUAGCUGACAAUGUCAUCCUCCCGGGCACCCCUAACUUCCUGGAGUAUGUGAGGGGGAGCGGCAGCUUUGAGUGCACACACUACAGCUCAUACCUGGAGUACUUGAACGUAGUAGACGGCAUGGAGAAGGCAAUCUACAAGGGUCCAAGCAGCCCUGCAAAGUCUUGACCACCCAGCUUCCCUUCCAAGCUUCCGUCUGUAAGAUGACUCACACUGACCCCUUCUAUGCUUCUGGAACCUGCCCUCCAGGGCUGUGGCUCCAGAUUGUUGCACACACACACAUUUUAAAGGUAGUGAGCUCACUGCAGAACCACCACAGUAAACCUGGAAGGCACCUGUGGAUAAAAGGCUACAUUGAGGCUAGAGGUGCAGUUGCUCACAGUGCCUGCCCAGCGUGCAGAGGCCUCAAGGUUAAUCCUCAGCAUCAAACAACAGAAAUUGAGAUUUCAAAACAAUCAGAGCAGGUGUCAUCCUGAUGGUGUGAACAGCUAGAAGUCAGGAAAUUGAAAACACCCAGAUACCGUUUGGUUGUCACCAAAUGGCAGCACCUCAGAGACAGUACUGUCACCAGCAACUCAUACCACAUUUCAUCUUAUGAAUGAGUCAUGGGGCUUAGUGGUUAAGAGCAUGGGUGGUUCCUCCAGAGGACCUGCGUUCAUUUCCUAGCAUCCACAUGGCAGCUCACAACUGUAACUUCAGUUUCGGGGGGGGGGUCUAACACCCACACGCCAACACACAUAAAAUUAAAUAGAUUAAAAAUAACAAUGAGUCAUAAACUUUCCAGCUGUAGUCGUGCAUGCCUUUAAUCCUAGCAUCCAGGAGGCAGAGGCAGCCAGAUCUGGGCUCAAGGCUAGCCUGGUCUACAUGUUGAGUUCUAGGACAGCCAGGGCUACACAGACUCUUGUCUUAAAAAGUGUUGUAACCUCUUUUAUAUUAUUAAAAAAAAAAAUUAAAGAUCUAAAUAUUUGGAUACAAGA